AUGAUUGAACAAAAAGAAAUAGAUUUAAAUAGUCCGUUAGAUGCAAAUAAACCAGCAACUUUAGUCAAAACAUCAUUGAGACCUGAUUUAUCAAAAGCGGCAUUGAUUUUGCAUGGAGACUACUACAAGCAAUCACAAUCAAAUUUAACAAGAUAUGUCUUUUGGCAUCCAUUUUCGAUAAUGGUAUAUACUACAUUGAUUCCUGUGAUAUUAGGAUUUGUCUUAUGGGAUUAUAUUUCAGUAAGUGAAAACUUGUAUGAGUUUUAUCUCAUUGCAAUGAGAAAUAAAAAUGAUUUUAUUUUCAAUAUUUUAAGAGGAGUCCCUGUUAUUGCUUCUAUUUUUGCAAGUUUUGGUUUCAUUUCGUACAUAGUGGGAGAAGAUGUUGGGUCAAUUGCAAAUAAUUUAGUAAAUAAGAAUUAUUGCGAUGACAUAUUUGGAUUCAAAUUAACUGAAUUUGUUAAAGAAAAGAACAAGAUCGGAAAGAAUGGGGAGAAUUCAAAUCUUAUAAGUUACAGAGAACAACCAAUUGCUAUAGUAACUUUAAAACCGGAUUUGAAACAAUCAACUGUUGAUAACUUUAUUGUUCAAAUCAGUGGAAUUCAUGUUCGUAAGGUUUUUCAAAAAGUUGAUUUUGAUAAUUUAUUGAUUGAAUGGGCUGUCUUAAGAUCAAGAGAAUUAUAUCAAGAAUAUUUGAAAAAUUCAAAGUCAAAUGUUACCAAUGGAUCUAUUUUUAUAACCACAUCUUGUUACUCAUUCAACAAAAAUUUAUUCCAAGCUUUACUCAACAAUGGAUUUAAAAUAAUAGAUCAAUCUUAUGAGUUUAAUCCAUUUGAACCAACUACAAAACCAUUGCAGAAAUUUGUUUACAAAUUAAUUGGUGCAACAAAUAACACAUUUGGAAUUGUAUUAUCUACUAAUGAAGAAGAUUUUGAAUUAAUCAAAAAUAAUGAACUAUUAGAGAAAAGUUCAUCAACCUCAACAGAGGAAAAAAAUAACGUUGCCAAGAAGAGAUCAUAG